UUGAAAAAUAUGAAUUUCAAGAUCACAGUUCGAUUCAUAGGCCGGUAUUCAUAUAGUCGAGUCUUACAUUAAAUUGUCUUAAAUACAGUUUAAGAUGUCAUAAGCCAAUCACGAAGUUGUAAUAGUGUCUUAAAACAUUAUACUUAAGACAAUUGUGAAAUAAGAACCGAUUUAUACUUAAAUACCGGUAAUAGACCUGAUAAAAUCGAACGGAAUCGAUCGAUCAACUCCAUUCAAACUUGCCUCACGCGCAUGUCUACUUCGAACCUCGAAUGUCUCAAUUCGACACUUCCGAAAUUAAUUCGAUCAUUCAAUUGAUUAAUUUGUCCAAAUCUCUCGUCAUUAAAAUUCGACAAACGCGACCUGGAGAUCACGGGAACGAAGUACGGAUGGUAAUAUGCCGCGUACGCACGUCGCACAGCCGCGAGACGUACGCGCGUAGUCUUGUAACAUGUUUGCACGGGGUCCGUUUGUUGCGCGCCAAAACGUCGUCGCUCUCUCUUCAACCAAUGUCGUCCGACCGAUGAAUGGAAUGGGAGGAAAGAUGGACGCCUUGACGUUGGGCUCGCACAGGCUGGUCCAUCUUGACCUGAAGGGCGCGCCGCCGCGGACCUGCUACUUCGAAAAGCUCUUUCCACUGUUGCGAACAUGGGGAGCCACCGGAUUAUUACUGGAGUGGGAAGACACGUUUCCUUACAACCGGGAACUGUCUCCGAUAGGAAGCAAUGGUCCGAGCAGCUUAGCGAGUGGAUACACGGUCCAGGAGGCUAGGCACAUCCUGCAGAUUGCGGGUGAUUGCGGCCUGGCGGUUGUCCCGUUGGUACAAACUUUCGGUCAUAUGGAGUUUCUCUUGAAACAUGACGAAUGGCGAUCGCUACGCGAAGUCGAGCCUUUUCCAAGCUCCAUUUGCCCAUCGAAUCCGAGAACUCUUCCAGUGGUGAAGUCAUUGAUACGUCAGAUUGUUAGCUUUCAUCCUGACAUACAGUAUCUGCAUAUAGGCGCCGACGAAGUGUGGCACCUAGGCCUUUGCUCAGUCUGCACCAAGCGAGCUGCAGCCAGCAAGUAUGGCAAGUCGUCAUUGUACCUGGAACACAUUCUGGCGAUAGCCCAAUACAUUCAGGAAACUUAUCCAUAUCUAAAGAUCAUCAUCUGGGAUGACAUGCUGAGAUCGAUAGACUUACAGAUUUUAAACGAACAUUACAUCGGUAAAUACGUGGAACCUAUGGUGUGGAAUUACAGUCCCAGAGACAAUUUUGCGUUACCCGAUGGAUUGUGGGAUAAAUACAGCGCGGUCUUUCCCAAUGUCUGGGCAGCGACCGCAUUCAAAGGAGCCACCGGCUCCGCACAACACAUACCUGUAAUCCGACAUCACAUAAGCAAUCAUGAAAAGUGGUUGGAAGAACUGGGAGUUCAUGUGAGUAAGGUGCACGAAUUUCGUGGUACGGCAUUCACCGGCUGGUCGAGGUAUGAUCAUUAUGCCACCUUGUGUGAAUUGUUACCAACGGCGAUACCGUCAUUAGCUCUAUGUUUAAAAGUUUGGCUCCAUGGUUAUUCGGAGCAAACGCAUACGCAGGUUGCAAAGAGCUUGGGAUAUAUCGAUCACCCGUUGCAUAUAACUCCGCAGCUCAGGCCAGUUCCGAUCCCCAGCAAUUUACUUUUUCCCGGAUGGCAAGUGGCUGUCGGCAUGGAGUGGUUUCUUAACUUCAAGACAAAGUUUCACAAUACUGUCACCAGCGAUCAAAUUAUGACGUGGAUGAAUCCAUGGCAAGUGGCAAAUAAUUACACAAAUCCCAUGCAACUGGAGAACUUGGUACCUGCUUUUACGGAAUUAUUAUUGGAAUUGUCUUCUUUGGAAGGUUAUCUGCGAGUUCAAAUGGAAGCGAUUUUCUUUUCGUCGAUGAUUGAAGAAUGGAUAGGCACCAAUAUUCAGCCGAUGAAAGUAAAGUUAAUAGAGCUGAAACAGACUACGGAGAAUCAAUUAAAAAUAAAUAGUCGUGUGUAAUGGUUCUUUCGCUUGAAAAAUCAAUUCCGAAUGUAUAACAAUACAAUUUUGAAAAGCAAUCACAAUUAUUAAUAAUUAUAUAAUUGACUAUUCCUUGGAUGUAGAGUGAAAUUAUUUUUGAUAUCGUAAGUCGCUAUAUAUAAAAGGUCUAGAUGUCUUCUACUUUGACGUUAACUUAUUUUUAAAAAGAGAAACAUUACUGAAAAAUAAAAAUAUAUAUAGUUUUCUAAA